GACGUAAUGAAUUCAGAGCACGCCAUGAAACGACAAUUCCCAUGAUGCAUUGCACUACAGUGGCCGCUGGACGGGGGAAGGGAAGCUGAGAUUGGAGGGAGUAACAAUCAGACACUGAGAUUGAAACACACAUGAGACCCGCCCGUCCUAAAGAUUCUGGCAAAAAAGAAGCCCACCCCUGAUCCACACUGUCACUUUUUACUUUGGGCAUGUGUCAAUGAAUCACAUGAUGCUGAAGACAUCACAGCUCUGUUGCAAGUCAAUUAAAGGGUACUGCUAUCUCUGAGUGCCUAUUGGAUUUGUGUCUUGAAAUCCAAAGUAAUGAAGUGUCUGCUAUGACGAGAGCGCAAGCCUGAAAAGCGAUGUCAUUAUCCAGCUUCUGGGCACCUCUGACGGUGAUGAGGAGCAAACCCACUGGCCAAGCAGAUCUGCGGAGGGGAGCAAGGGAGGAGGGUUCCGGGAAACGUGCCAUUUCCUCUAUGUGGUAGACUAAUAUCUGCGCAUUCCUCUCUGUGUGCACACCCAAGGUUAGACUUUUGGAGGAAAAUUAGGAGCAGGCAAAACAUCAAAUCCCAACAGUCAUCACUAAUAAAAAAAUUAAGAGAUGUGCACCAACUGGAUAUUUGUUGUCGAUGAGGUCUAACAUGUGACCGUGGACAUUUUCAUGUAUAUGAGCUGUAGAGGUCACUAGUCAUGUGCACGAAAGAAAACAUGGUAGCCCUUGUAGCAGCUUGUCAGCCCAUCUCAGUCCAGGAUUUUACAAGCCUUUAGAGGCCACAAUCAGGAAGACGCUCGCCAGCCAACACUCAUAUGCAAUGGAAGAAGACAUUGAUGUCACUUUCCACCUUGAGGGCCAAAAUGGUUUGUCUCGAGAACCAUCAGAAGAGACUACCAAUGGACACUUGAACCAAAAGCCUGUCAUGAAUGGAUUGAUUAUCAGUCAUAAUGUCAAAGACCACACCAACGGCAAUGCCCCCCUCACAUCCCUGCCGAUUUCAGCACUGAAGCAGAAUGGUCUCCUGCAGAGUCUAGCAGCAGGAGGAGACCAGCUUAAACCUGCAGAAAAUGCAGAGUUGGAAAAGGCAAGAGAGGAGUGGGAAGCUCUGGAGAACAUCCAACCAGCUAUCACUGAGGACUCGAACCCGACGCCGCUCAUCUCUUUCAAUGAAGCCCUUCAGUACUUCCAGACUACAGAUCUCGGGGACUUGCUUACGAACAUCCAGCCAACUAUUCGCAGGACAGGUCUCGCCGCUAUCACACACUUCCUGUUUGGACCCCCUCGACUGCACAGGGAACUCCUUGAGGAACGAGAUCUUGUCUUUACCAUUGCGCAAUGCCACGUGGACAACAGCCAGACAGUCCACAUGCGAGUUCUCCAAACCAUUUAUAAACGGCUCAUCGGCUGCAGGCUGGACUGUCCUCGAUAUGGGACACACUGGGAAAACAUUGGCUUUCAGGGUACAGACCCAGCCACCGACCUGCGUGGCACUGGCUUCCUGGGACUUAUGCACACUCUUUACUUUGUGAUGGACCCAGAGACUCUGCCAUUGGCUCGAGAUAUCUACAAGUUAUCCCAACACUCUACUCAGAACUUUCCAUUUAGUGUGAUGUCAAUCAACAUGACCCGCAUUGCUCUUCAAGUCCUCAGAGAAGAGGCCUUGUCCAAGGAGUGCAAUCGCCGUCAGCAAGUGGUCGGCGUGUUGAAUGAGUUUUAUGUGGCCACAUACCUGCACCUGUACCAACUGUGGAAGACCCAACAGAAAACCAUUGCUGACUCUGGCUUUGUACUCAAAGAAGUGGAGCUGUUCGCCAAAAAGAACCCCAAGCAGAUGCUUCGCCGACUAGAGGUCUUCCUGAAAGAGAGGCGGGUAGGUGGAAUCCCUCGCGGGACGUCGCCAGAGCCACCGGCUCCGCAGCCUUCCUCUCCCAGCCCGGGAGAGCGAGCGGCCAGAGUGGCGAGCGCACAGGGAUGCAAGGGAAAGGAGAUGCAUUUUACAGGAGUGUGUGAGCUACCGCCUGACAUGGAGGGCGACGCCAGACUCAUCUAAGCUAGAGUCUGUGUAUGUGAGGGUGCUGUUUGUGUGUGUGUGUGUGCGCGUGAGUGUGUGUGCGCGUGAGUGUGUGUGCGUGUAACUUACUCCCAGAGAGCUAGAUGAAGAACACUCCACCCAACACGCCCCCCUCCUCUGAUGCUGGGGUGCUGCACUUUUCUCUUUUUUUUUUAGGGGUGGGGAGAUAGAGCUAUAUUAUUUGUUGUAUUUAUUUAUUUUAGCACAAAACAGUCAAACAAAACAAUGAAUUCACAAAACAAAGCAAGUGAAUGAUUGCACUUUUCUGAUUAGCUGCCAUAUAUUUCACCUGUUUUCAGGGCAGCUGCUUGCGUUGGCAUUUCAGAGACUUCAUCUCUAGCACGCCAUGCUCGUCAUGCAACAGUCAGUUCUCGUCACAGGGUCCAAACUGCAGCACAAUAGGUGACCUUUCAGCAGGGACUGAAGGUGCGACUUGAUAAACGAGUCUACCGCUUCAAUUUACAAAAAAUAUUUGAGUUGCUUUCGUCAAAAAAAGAAUUCCAUCUUUUUAUAUAAGAUGAGUGAAGAUUUGAACAAAAUCCUCCGUAAACAUUCUCAGCUUGACGUGGCUGCAGCCGAAAGUCUAAUAUAAGCUUUGUGGACAUUCCAUUAGUGAGCAUGUGAUUGUAUUUUUGGAAAGGACUGAGCUGACAUUGAUGAGGUGUGCUUUGGUGCAGUAUGCAACUCCAGCUCUAGACGAUAAUCAAAAUGUCUGCUGUGCGACGGCAAAAAGGCAUUGUCGCUAACUUUCAGGGCUCGUGUGCAAGUGAACAUAACUUAGUGAGGACAUCUGGCAGUGGUAGGAAAGACCCCGCUAAGCUCGUCAAAGUGUGAUUGUUGUGAGCGCAGACUUUACUCCACACAAUAAGCCAGCUUUACUAAGUACGCGAUCUAGCUGCAUAGAUGGUACUUUUGUGGAUUUUAAAGGCGGUACUACUACUACUACUAGGAAACAAAUUCUAUAAAUAGAAAUAUGGGUUUGGGCUCCUCAGCAAAGCUACUUUGUGCUUGUGUGGUCUCGAUCUGUAGCAUGUCCAGGUAGCACUAGUACUGUAGCAUCCUAUAAAAGCUUGUUGAUGUCGCUCUGUGGUGUCUUACUAUAGCACAUCCACCCCCCCUCCCCUGUACUGUACUUAUACAUAUUAGGCAGAGCAGCUUUUCGGAGAUGGCUUGACAUGUUAAUGAGCUCCACUUUUGUCUUCUGAGAAGGUAAUAACGGUGCCUACGUCGCAUAGAAUCACGUUAAGGUCGCCUCCCGCUCCUUUUGUUUGCGUUCAGCCUCAGUGCCACAGCGGCAGCCUCCUCCAUUCUCGCAACCUCAGGCGGGUCACGUCCAUCGUGCUUUCUUGUUUGACGAGGAACUCCGCAUGGUGGUGGAGAAAGCGUAAACGCGUGGUAUGCAAAAGAAAAGCGCCGCUUGCAGGAGCCAUAAUGUUCAUUAGCAGCCACCUCAUCAGGUCCUCCUUUCAAACAUCGCACCACACUGAUCCCUUUAGCUUUCUUCUGUUCGAAGCUGAGGAGCAGUGACGUGUAUGUAUAUCAGGAAGUUUGUACAUAGAGAAUUAAUGAUUGUAAGAUGUAUGAUUGUCUGUAGGGCAUUAUACUAAAACAUUGCUUACCUCAAGACUUGAGACAAAUCUCCUUUUCUCUCUCCUGACGUUAACUAUUUCUAUGUUUGCUUGUACUCUGACCUUCUCUCACCAGUCCCACUCAUUAUCUAUUGUAUAUCCCACAGCCAAAGCACUAUGGAAGAAGCAGGUCCUUGCUACGUGUGUACUAGACUAGGAGUGUCCUGAUCCGAUAUUGAUAUCGGUCCGAUAUCGGAUUGCAUCUAAAAUGUCCGAUACAAGCAGUCCUGCAGCGCGUUUACUUGUGCAAAGCUAGACAGCCAGUUAACAUCUGAAUGGCUUCCAAUAGACACACAGGGUUGAUCUUUCCUUGUUUUUUAUUAAAGUCAUUUACAAAAGGUAUAACAGCUACACAACAGCUAAGCACACAAACUAGACAUACGUGGUAUUGAACAAUAUUGCAGUCUAAAACAUUUGUCAGUACAAAGAAAUAUAAAAUAAUUAAAGUUGUAUAAUACUUACACAUAUAAAGUCUCCAAUACGGAAAGGAUCCAGUACCGUAUUUUUCGGAGUAUAAGUCGCACCGGCCGAAAAUGCAUAAUAAAGAAGGAAAAAAACAUGUAAGCCGCACUGGAGUAUAAAUCACAUUUUUUGGGGAAAUGUAUUUGAUAAAAUCCAACACCAAAAUAGACAUUUGAAAGGCAAUUUAAAAUAAAUAAAGACUAGUGAACAACAGGCUGAAUAAGUACGUUAUGAGGCAUAAAUAACCAACAGAGAACGUGCCUGGUAUGUUAACAUAUUAUGGUAAGAGUCAUUCAAAUAACUAACAUAUAGAACAUGCUAUACGUUUACCAAACAAUCUGUCACUCCUAAUCGCUAAAUCCCAUGAAAUCUUAUACGUCUUGUCUCUUACGUGAAUGAGCUAAAUAAUAUUAUUUGACAUUUUACGGUAAUGUGUUGUUAAUUUCACACAUAAGUCGCUCCUGAGUAUAAGUCGCACCCCCGGCCAAACUGAAAAAAAACUGCGACUUAUAGUCCGAAAAAUACGGUAACUAAUGUGUCCGCAUCAUUCAACUUAGUCAUGCCCUUAAUUAAAUGGUUUUUUGUGACCACUCGGUGUCUCCAAAAACGAAUUUAUCACUCUACUCCAAGAGCAUAAACCUGUCAUAAGGUUAGUGUUUUCUAUACCUACUUUUGUUCUCGGAGUAAUUUCACUUGAUCUAACCUUUUCUAACAUUCCACACUACAAAAUGAUAAAAGUAUGUAUGAUUCUUGCUGAUCGUAUCUAAUUAAUAUCGGUAUCGGCCAACACUUAAGGCACCAAUAUCGUAUUGGAAGGGGAAAAGUCAUACCGGGACACCCCUAUACUAGACUAUAUAGUCCCAUAUGCACUCUGCUUCACGUCUGCAAAUGUUAAUAGACGACAUUAAAAGUCACUUUUCAGCCAACUUUGGUUUGGCUUCCAUUGACCAUGUUGGAGCUGCUUCUGUUGUGGCUUCAGUUUCAUUUUCUGUGUUUUUAAGUGUUAACACUGAGAAACAAUCAAACUAAAGGCCAUUACUAAUCAUACUGUAUGCUUUGCUCACGGUGUGUAUGAAGUAUCACCAAACACAGCGGAUCAUAUUUGACCCUGCCAAAUGCACACUUGCAAAACUAUAACACGAGAACAGAAACUUUUUUUUUUUUUUUUUUGAGAGGAGGCGGCUGUCUGACGUUCCUGCUUGCGACCCAGCAGUGGCUCGGCAAAUACAAUCUCUCAACACCCCGCGCUUUAUACUGUACCAAGGUGUUUUACUGUCGCCGUCUUUGUCACGUCCCCCAGAGCAUUUUAUGACUGUAACUUGAUUGUAGACGCCCUAUUUUAUACUGAGAGUUAUUUCAGAAUACAGUAUGUGCUGUUGUACAUUAAAUGUAUUGUAUGGAGAAAGCUAAAUAAAUGCUGUUUAAAAUGA